AUGUCUUCUUCAGACGCUGGUUUUCAGUCGUCGCAAAAAAGUUGCAAAAGUAGUAGUACAUCUUACGUUGAAAACCGUUACCAGCGCUACCGUGAUUGGCAAUCUCCCAGUUCUCAGUCCUGGAAUUAUGCUCUGGAUGUUUGGAAUCAGAGUUCGAAGAGUGAUAUCGGCAAGGAUCUUCGUAUUGAAAGUAGUAAUCUCUUUCCAGGCAUAAUAUCUAAAGGCUCGCUAAGAGAAAUAGAUCCCAAUGAACUCAAAUCGAGGCGAGAAUUCGAAGAAGAGCUCACCCGCCAUUACGAAGAGCAGCUGGAGUCUGUGCUGUCGACCGCCGUGGAAACGUGCCUGUCCAUCUCCAAGGAGAAGAUUGAUCAACUUGUCUCGUUUGUUACUGAUGGCACGCCAAUACCGUGA